AUGCAUUUUUUUCACCGCGGCGGCUCGUCCUCUUCUAAGCUCUUUUUGUUGUGCUUCCCUCCUACUCCCUCUCUACUUCCCUCGCGACGCGAUCUCUUUCUCUUAUUCUCCUCGUGGAGGCAGCGAGAGCAACGAGAUACCGCAGAAACACCACAACGACUCUAUUACCACGCAGAAAACAUCGGCUGUUUGUGGUUCCCUUUGACUCUAAACGACUAUUUCAACGAAACCAACACAUUCUUAUCGUGCAAACGCUCAGGGAAACACGACGAAGAAGAGAAGAGGAAAUCGGUUCCAACAAAGAAACAGCAGUGGUGUAUGCUUGGAAUGUUUGCUCACGGGAAUGAAAUGCAUACAAUGGUAGGUUUUGUGAAGACAAAGGGUGGUUAUGGUAUAUUAGCAGCAAGUGGAAGAAGGGAUUGUGAGGGAUUAAGGUUUUUGAAGGUUGGUUUUAGGUGA